CAAACAGACAUCAAGCAUUGACUUCCACCCCUUUAUAUCAUCAGGUUGGGAUUAUUCAAGCAUUUUGAUUUCAAUCAUAAUAUCACACGAGCUUCUUGUCUUUCUUUUUGCCCAUCCUAUAGACCGACCAUCGACUUUCGUUGUCGGGGUAUACCGUGUUAAGAGCAUCAAUUAAGCCCCCUUCGCGUCCGGAACGCGUAUCGAAUCCGGACACCUUUCUUCAAUGUCGGAUUAGAUUGAAGUCCCCAACACCAACUCCAUCAUCAAAAAGCGACCUCGUUGCGUUGAGAAUCCUCAACUUCAGCCCGCAAGGGUAUUCCUGAAUUAUGUUUACUCCUAGGCAGGGUCCCAUGAAGGAAGGCCGCUCUUUUCCAGGCCUACCGCAUAGUGGACCGUCGCGGAGGACCAUCAAGAAUCGCCAAGGAGUUCUGAUCAUCCUAGUCCUCCUAUGCAUACCUUUGGUAUACUUUCUCACAUCAACCGGCUCGACUUCGUCAAGUCAGACAACCACCAGGACGCCGGCCGACAAAUUACGCGAACUCGCAACAGAUCCUGAGGUGGUGCUUCGACCCAAUCCAGGUGCUGUUCCAAGGCAAGAAAAUGUUAUUCCGGCAAACCCGGCUGAGCCCCUUGCCCCGGCUGAACAACCACGAUUCGAAGCUCCUCCACCUGUCGAGGAAGUCGUCCCAGAGCGCGCCCAGGCCCCUGUCGCGCCGGUCGCCAAACCAAAGUCGCCGCCGGUGUCCCACGCAGACGACGAGGAACCGGUGCCUGUGGAGGAUGACGACGAGAUUCCUGCUACAUCAAGGACGAAAUCUCAAAAGGGACUUGCCGACCAGGAGCCAGACACAGAAGGCGACUCUUUCUCGGAAAGGCCAAAAUUCGAAAAAGCCCUCACUCGGGUGAUCAGUCUUCUGCCCGGAGAGAUGGAAGGGCGAGACUUGCUACGUCCCGUCGAAGGCACAGGCAAGGAGAAACUGCGGGAGAUGGGUCUACGCGUCCGCGAAUACAAGAAGUUCUUCAAGGCCUGGGAGGAUCUGCACAUUGCGUUCGAUGAAGAAGGCGGCAGCUAUGUUCGCGACGACGUAAUUCAAUACCUGCGUCAUCAUAAACACGAGCCCUCGGAUUCUGAGGACUACGCCGACUCCAGUUUUGCACAGACCGUGCAUUCCUACGAAGCGUACCGUUCUUUCUUGGUCAAAUUCGGUCAUCUGCUCUUCCCUUGGACAGCACCAUAUAUGCCCGACCACAUGACUCUACAUUCACAUUUCAAGAAGGGAGGCCGCGGUAUGGUGCUCACAGCGGGCGACGACCAAGCACCAUAUCUUCUGACCACCAUCCCAAUCUUCCGAAAGCUCGGCUGCAAUCUGCCUAUUGAGGUCAUGUAUCUAGGUGACUCGGAUUUGAGUGAAGAUUAUCGUGCCGAUUUGGAGUCUCUUGACGGUGUCAUUACCCGAGAUAUUGCGCAAAUGGUCAAUGAUGAAGGCUGGAAAUUGGCUGGUUGGGCUGCUAAACCUUUCGCGAUCCUGCAUUCAAGCUUUCGGGAAGUCAUCUUCAUCGACGCUGACAGUCUGUUCAUGAAAAACCCGGAGGUCUUGUUCGAGGACCCAUCCUACCAAAAGACUGGUGCUCUCUUCUUCCGCGACAGACUUAUCAUGCCCGAGUCGAAGAAACGAUGGCUCCAGCAAAUUCUACCUAAGCCGAUUUCGAGACAAGUCAAGCAGAGUCGUUUCUGGACCGGCGAUUCCGGGCAUAUGCAAGAAUCUGGUGUGGUCGUGGUUGACAAGUGGCGACAUUUCAUCGCUCUACUGCUCGUCACGAGAAUGAACGGUCCUGACAGAGAUGGCAACAAAGAUGAAGGCAGGGUUGGUGUGUAUGAUAUGGUUUAUGGUGACAAAGAAACCUUCUGGAUCGGCUGGGAACUUGUUGGUGACCAAGAUUAUUCCUUCCAUCCAGGUGAUGCAGGUAUCAUGGGUAGAAUUGCAGAUAAGGAGAAACCAGAGAAGAAAGAACCGAAGAAAGAGAAGAAGAUGGUUAAAGAGAUGCGACCGAAGGUGGACGACCAGGGACAACCUCUUAUGGAUGACGAGGGAAAGCCUGUCGAGGAAGAAGUCGAAUUCGAAAUGGAAGUCACCAUUGAAGAGCCGGAUGAGCCUGAAGAGCCAAAGGAACCCGAAAGCUACACGAUCUGCGCUCCGCAAUUGUUGCAUCUCGAUCUGGAUGGCAAGCCGUUGUGGUUUAACGGCUGGCUUCAGGAUAACAAGUUUGCCGACAAAAAGAGGCGGAAGUUUGGCAAGUUCGAGCAUUAUCUGAUUGAGCCGCGUGACAUUCGCGAGCCUGGGGCCUGGCAACUUGAGGAGAGCAACAUGUGUUGUCUUACUACGGACGCCGAUCUGAAGCAGGAUUUCUCGAAGGAUGAGAGAGAUUUGUUGGACUCCAUGAUUAAACAGGCAAGGGAUGUUGGCAUGUCGGGUUGAUCUACAAAAUUGUACAUGAAAGGAAAACUACCAGGUAUGUUUGGGACAGGGAGCGUUUGGGUAAAGGACAUUUGCAUCUGGGAGGUGUAGUUCACGACCAUGUUUUUUUCUGUUGGAUCAUAAGUAUGGCACAAGUAUGGAAAAAGACUUUAUAUCCAUACUAGAAAUCGGAAGUUUAUAGACAUUCUAUGGCCUUGGAUUUC